UUGGAUUCUUUGAGCUACAUGUCCACGCCUCAAUCACUUAGUACAAGUUGAUUGCUGGAUGGUAACUUUGUUAUAGCUAAACCAUUUUUAUUAGAUUAACUAAAUUGGAUUCCAUUAAUCUUAUUUGUAUAUGUUCCCUUGACUGCAUAAUUAGCAGUUCCGUUUUAGAAUUAAAAAACUGGUCCUGUGGUUUGGCAGUGUUUCUUUUGAUGAUUCUUUUGCACUACUGUUUCUGUUAGAUACUAAUUGAGUUUCAGCUUUGAUUUAUUAACAUGCGUGGCCAUUCUAAUAGACAUCAUUCAUUUCAGGUUUGGACCUUUCUUGGUGGAUGUGUCUCCUUACUUCAUCUCUUUUACUUUCAACUUUGUCACAACCAUAGAGGAUUCUUAGUUUGAUUCUUAUGGUAUGUAUGUGGUUGCAGCAUCCCGUUUGAAAUAUAAUAUAUCAUGUUCUCUGCACCUUCACUGAUUUUCAAUAGUAACAAUUUCGUACUCCUCCAACACCAUAUUUCAUUAUGAUAAUAUUAUUGGUUCUUGAGGUUUAUUUAUAGACAUGGAAUGUUCUCAAUGUUUAAUCUUAAUAUAGGUUCAUAUGGACUCGGUCGGACAAAGCAAUUUCAUUUGAGCAGAUAUGAUACUAAAUCACCUGUCAGUUAAUCCUUUCAUGUAGGAGAAGAACCAUUGUACUAAUCAGAAGAUGCAUUCUGGCAUCCACUAAGGGUGACCCCUUUUUUAGUUUUGUCACAUAAUGUUAGUUACUCACCUUAGAGAACCCCCUUUUUUAUCUUCAUAAAAGGUUGCCUGCUACUGCUAGCGUAUUCAAGUAAAAACAACUAUUUGCACCAUCAUUCGUUGGUUCAAUCUUCUGUUGAUCAAUUCACACAAAAAAACGCUUACUUGGCUGGCUACUAUCAAAUCAAAAUUUUAUAAAAUCGACAAUCUAGCACUCUUAUUUCAUAUGAAAAUUGCAAAUCUCUCACAGUCCAUCGAAAGAAAAAAGAUGUAUAUCUUUUCUAGCUUUUACCUUUAUAAAUGUAUAAAUAUCAUGUACUUAUCUAAUUGCUUCCUCAACGCCCCCCUUUAUUAUCCUCUCUAGCCUAUUACUAUACAGUGCAGUGUCAAAUAAUAUUGUUCACACUAUUAGAUAAUUAAGAAAAUCUCGCAGUGACCAAAGCAUUGUUAAUCCAGUAGGUUGCAAUACACUCUGUUUAUUGUUUAAGAAAACCUACUCUACUGCCAAUGCAUAAUUACUCUUUUGUCACAUUGUUGUUCUCAAAUUCUCAAUACCAGUUUGGCAUUUCGUUCUUUCAUUUAUAAGAAAAUCCUUAAUGUCAACUAAGUGUCCCGCAGCAACGCGCGGGGUAUCAUCUAGUAUUGAUAGUUAGUAAGGUCACCACACCCCUUUCUGACAUUUUCUGAUUAUUUCUGGUUCUUUUUAUCCCUUUUUGCGGGGGUUUUCAAUGUUUAAUUAUGUAUAUGAUGAAAGUAAAGUAUAGUUUCAAGUCAAAUGCAAAUUAUUUUCACGCAUAUGGGGUAGUGUACAGAUCGAUGGUGCUUAGCUCAGUCAGACUCAACUUGCAAUCUCGACUGAAAUAAUCAUUUUGAUGCCUCUGUAUAUUACCUAAUAAACUAAAUAAACGACAAUAUUCAUUUGAUGCUUCACUAUUAGAUACACUGUGGACGUCUCAGCAAAUUUUUUUUUUUGAGGCUAUGCGGUCUCAGCCAAAAAACUUUUGAGACCAACCAACCAUAAGGGUUGGGUUAGUGGGCUGCACACACGUUUCCCAAUUUCCUAAAGCGAAAAGAGAAAAGAAAAACUCAGCUCCCCUCUCCACUUGAGUCUCCACUCCAGCAAAGCGGCGGUCGGAGAGAACGGAGGAUCGGCGCCGGCGGCGGCCCCGGACCUCCCCGUCCCCGGCAGCAGCCAGAGAUUCAAGCGGAGGAGAGGAGAGAGGGUGCCGCAAUAGGGGGGAGGUGGAUAGGAUAUGGAUCCAGCCGAGGUUCCUCGCGGGUAACAUCCAGUUUCCCUCUUCAUGACUAUCUGUAUGUUAUGCUGGAUGAAUGGAUGGAUGUAUCAUAUGGCAUUUGUCUGUGGCUUCUCCUGUUUCAGGGUCGAUCCCGCACCCAACUUGCCGUGUAUGGAUGGAAAGAGGCUGUGGCAAUCUGUGACGCCGGCUGACCCCGUGUCCAAGGUGCUCAGCGACGACAACCUACUCAUCGAGAUCCUCCUCCUAAUCGGCUACCCAACUACCCUCGUAUGUGCUGCUCUCGUCUGCAAGCGCUGGCUCUGUCACGCCUCCGACCCUGCCUUCCUCUGCCGCUUCCGCAAGCUCCACCCGCCCCGUCUCCUUCGCUUCUAUGUCGACACCGGGAGGUUUUGUAGCAGCUCACGCUUCGUGCCGAUGCUACCGCGCCCCCCAGAGUUCGACGCCAUCAUCCGCUCUGCAAGCUCCAUCCUGGAUGCCUGCAGUAACACACAUAAAUUCGUCUUGGACUCCUGCAAUGGCAACGUCUUCAUGAACACGUUCAACAGCUACAUUGGAGAUCCUGGAUCAAAAAAUAUAGUGCUCAGCCCCCUCUGCCCUGAGAGGGGUAUGGUCGUCAUCCCACCAUACCCACGACACAAACUCCAGGAUGGCUAUUUAUGCACUUUCAGUGAACUCUUUCUCAAAGAACGCGGCAACGACUUGUCCUACUUCUAUGUGUUGAUGGAAUCUUCUAAGGAGCGAACAAAAUCUAUGGUGCACAUGUAUAUGUUGCAAGAUGGUGUCUGGUGUGUGCAUGCCUCGGCAACGACGCAGCUCCCUUUUCUGCCACAGGAACUGAAUCCUCUGCUUGUUGGCAAUAAAAUCUAUAUGGCGUCCACCCAGAGCGAAAUUCUUGUCUUGGAUUUGACAGCCUUAAGUUCCUCCACAUUUCAGCUUCCACAAGGGCUUGGUAUCAGUGACAGUGACAGACGAACCAUGUUGUCAAGGGCAGAUGAUGAUUCUGGCGUGUAUCUCAUUCAUUUGGACGAGCUUCAGCUGCGCAUCUGGCUGCACACAUGGGAGAACUGUUUGCUGGUGGAUACCAUAUGUUUGCGUGAGAUGUGUGCUAAAUGGAGGAUGCCUGAUCACACACAUCAGGUGUGGAUGAAGCACGUGGGGCGCAAUGCUGAGUUUGUUUUCUUGAAGAUGGGUCCAUGCCUACUCUAUUUGGAUAUCAAGUGCAGGAUGCUGUAUAAAGUGUAUGAGGGGACAAGCGAGAUUCAGUGGUUGGGUUUUAUCCAUCCGUAUAUGAUGAUCUGGCCUCCCACAUUCCCUGCGCUCAAGGAUGAUCCUGCAAGUAAUGCGACAGGAAGAGGAGGAAGGUCGAGGAUCAAAGAAGCGUGAGCUGCAUUUAAUUUCUAGCAGCUGAGUGUGUGGGAGCAAAAAAGGCAUGUCUUAGAGAAAGCAUGUGCAGUAUCUGUUAGCUGUGUUUUGAGUCAGUGACAAGUUAUUCUGGGUACUGGAUUAGGAUGUUAAAUGGAACUGGAUGUUUUAAACUGACCUGUAUGUUUGUGUUGCA